UUUGCUUUCCCCUCUCAAAGAGCCGCUAUUCUUUGAUGAUUGGGCAGCGGCAAACUUCAAAGUAAUAAAUCUUAUUUCUGACUGGCUGGCGGCCCACCAAAGUCCUUAUCAAAUUCUAAGAAGUGAUCCCUCACUCUUCAGAUAGACCGAGGAUAUCUGGGAGAGAGGACGCACUGUGAAAGAGUGGAGGAACCUCGCUCGCUCGAACGCGACACAUUUUCACCGCGAAUGCACAUAUUUGUCUGAAUUAAAGCGCUUUUUUUAUUUUUAUUUGUUUUGCGUGUUUUUUUCCCCCCGUCGAGCAGGGAGGAGGACGUCUUACCAUGGCAUCAGUGGCUGUACUGCGGAAUGAGACACUCCAGGCUUUUCUCCAGGAUCGCACUCCAAACUCCUCUCCAGAGAACUGUAAGCACUCCCCGCUGGCUCUCCUGGCUGCCACUUGUAACCGGAUCGGGCACCACCACGGAUCCAACCCGACAGACUUCCUCCAGGUGCCCUACGACCCGACUCUGGGCUCCCCUUCUCGGUUGUUUCACCCGUGGACUAACGAGGGGACCCCUCAGAGCAGCCUGGCGAGCAACUCCACUUUCGGACUAUCCUCCAAGCCCCAGCUCUCCGCGCACAUCCAGAGCUCCUUCAGCUCGCACCACGAACUGCCCCUCACCCCUCCGGCGGACCCCUCGUACCCCUAUGACUUCUCCCCCGUGAAGAUGUUACCUUGCUCCAUGCAGUCCCUGCAGUCCACCUGCCCUCCCACCUAUGUCCCCGCCGUCAGUUACGCGGCUCCGACUCCCAUCCCGCCCGCGAUGCCAAGUUUUGUCACGGGACCCUCCGGCCUUGUGCACCAGCAGCAGAGACAGUUGUCCCCGAACCCCGGGGAGGAUAUUCCGUGGUGGAGCCUCCAGCAGGGGAACCACGUCAGCCACACGUCCUCCCUCGGUCACCACCGCUUCCAGCUGCAGAGGGGCUUGGUUCUGGGGCACACGGACUUCGCGCAGUACCAGACGCAGAUCGCGGCUCUGCUGCACACCAAGUCCCCCCUCGCGACCGCGCGGCGGUGCAGGCGGUGCCGGUGUCCGAACUGCCAGUCCUCCACGUCCAGCGACGAGCCCGGCAAGAAGAAGCAGCACAUAUGUCACAUACCGGGCUGCGGGAAAGUUUACGGGAAAACUUCUCACCUCAAGGCGCACCUGAGGUGGCACUCUGGGGAGCGGCCAUUUGUGUGCAACUGGCUGUUCUGUGGCAAGAGUUUCACCAGGUCGGACGAGCUGCAGAGACACCUGAGGACUCACACGGGCGAGAAGCGCUUUGUUUGCCCGGACUGCUGCAAGAGGUUCAUGAGGAGUGACCACUUGGCGAAACAUGUCAAAACUCACCAGAACAAAAAGAGCAAGUGCCACGACAAGACGCUCGGCCACGUCAAAAGGGAGGACACGAGGAAUAUGUUGUAACACACCUUGUUAGUCUGUCGUUUUAAAGAGUAGACAUCACUAGUGCAAUACAGUCAGUCCUACAUUAGUUCAAGUACACAGUGAGCUGCGUUUUUUUUUUUUUUUUUUUUUUUUAAAUUCCCUUCAAUUUGUCGGUUCUCACACCCUGACACUAGUUUCUAACAUUGCUGGUUCUGUGUAGCACAUAUUUUGUACAUAUAGAAAGUUUCGUAAGUUAAUUUGGGACCAUGGAGAAGUUUUAGCUCAUGAGUUUGAAUUCACUGUCUAUAUCAUAUCAGCAAGACAAGUUUUCAACUUGUGUUUUGAUCAUUGUCUUCGGUGGAAGAUUUCACUCCCCUGUAAAUUAUAUUUAAUAGCUUUUGUUGAAUGAAAGUGUCCGUUUUUUGCUCCUUAUGGGGUGUUUCUAAAGCAUGCUCUUCUUGAAAAGAUCUGCUAUUGUUGAUAUGACCCAAAUACUGUGUGAGAAUAAAGAUUAUAACAUUUUU